AUGCUUUCUCAUGCCGACCUCCUGGAUGCUCGCCUCGGUGAGUUAACAUCACCAAACUCCGGUCUUCAACUCUACUGUAAGCUGGAAGAAGGUGUUCACCCCCCCCCCCCCCCCCCAAGUUUCUCACCUCCUGUGGUUCUCUGUGCAGGGAUGAAGGAUGCCGCGGAGCUCCUAGGCCACAGGGAGGCUCUCAAGUGCCGGCUCGGCGGGGCCGGACCCGACCCGGGCCACUCCGGGGACCUGGGCCCGGGCUCGGACGGCGUGGAGGGAGCCACGAUGCUCCCCGGCGACGACAUCGGCAGCGGAGGGGGGGCCAACCCGGUGCAGGUGAACAGCAAAGAGCAGGAAAAGCAGCAGCAGCAGCAGAACAACGGCAGCAACAGCAGCCAGAACCAGUCCGGGGGGGGCCAGCAGUCCCAGAAACAGAAGCGCCACCGGACCCGCUUCACCCCCGCGCAGCUCAACGAGCUGGAGAGGAGCUUCGCCAAGACGCACUACCCGGACAUCUUCAUGCGCGAGGAGCUGGCGCUCCGGAUCGGGCUGACGGAGUCCCGAGUGCAGGUCUGGUUCCAGAACCGGCGCGCCAAGUGGAAGAAGCGCAAGAAGACCACCAACGUGUUCCGGGCCCCGGGCACGCUGCUGCCCACGCACCACGGCCUGCCGCAGUUCCCGUCGGCCGCCGCCGCCGCCGCCGCGGCCAUGGGCGACAGCCUGUGCUCCUUCCACGCCAACGACACCCGCUGGGCCACGGCGGGCAUGCCCGGCGUGUCCCAGCUCCAGCUGCCCCCGGCCCUGGGCCGCCAGCAGGCCGCCAUGGCGCAGUCCCUGUCGCAGUGCAGCCUGGGCGCGGGCCCCCCGCCCAGCUCCAUGGCGCUGUCCAACAUGUCGUCCAACGGCUCCGGCCUGCAGUCGCACCUCUACCAGCCCACCUUCCCCGGCAUGGUGCCCGCCUCCCUCUCCGGCCCCACCAACGUCACCGGCUCCCCGCAGCUGUGCAGCUCCCCGGACAGUGACGUGUGGAGGGGCACGAGCAUCGCGUCGCUGCGCCGCAAAGCGCUGGAGCACACAGUUUCCAUGAGCUUCACCUAG